AUGGAAAAUCAGAUGGCGCUCGCACCGCUGGGACUCUCACAGAGCAUGGACUCCGUAAAUACGGCCAGCAAUGAGGAAGAGGUGCGCACAUUGUUCGUCAGUGGUUUGCCCAUGGACGCUAAGCCACGUGAGCUAUACUUGCUAUUCAGAGCCUAUGAGGGCUACGAAGGAUCUCUACUAAAAGUAACUAGCAAAAAUGGCAAAACAGCAUCGCCAGUUGGUUUCGUGACAUUCCAUACAAGAGCCGGUGCCGAGGCAGCCAAGCAGGAUCUGCAGCAGGGUGUACGCUUCGAUCCCGAUAUGCCCCAAACAAUUCGCUUGGAAUUCGCCAAGAGUAACACGAAAGUGAGCAAACCCAAACCACAGCCCAAUACAGCGACAACAGCCUCACAUCCUGCAUUGAUGCACCCUCUCACUGGACAUCUGGGCGGGCCCUUCUUUCCGGGCGGACCGGAGCUAUGGCAUCAUCCGUUAGCGUAUUCGGCCGCCGCUGCCGCUGAGCUGCCCGGCGCUGCUGCCUUGCAGCAUGCAACACUCGUGCAUCCGGCACUGCAUCCGCAGCAACAACAACAACAACAACAACAGCAGCAACAGCUGGCGGCAAAUGCGCCCUGCUCCACACUGUUUGUGGCCAAUCUGGGUCAGUUUGUGUCCGAGCACGAGCUGAAGGAGGUGUUCUCUAGGUAA